GCCUCUCUUUUCCUUUGAUCAGCCGACGGUGAUGCGAAGGGAGAGCGCGAGGGAGGACGACUCGAGCCUUCCUCCCCGUGAUCGCCUCUUCGUUGAUCCCACCAACGGGCCAGCCCCUUGCUCCUUUCCUCCGCCACUUCUUGGAUCCGCCUCUCCGCCAUGGGAUGGUGGGAAGCUCUCCUCAACUGGCUCCGAAGCCUAUUCUUCAAGCAAGAAAUGGAGCUGUCUUUGAUCGGACUUCAGAAUGCUGGGAAAACUUCCCUUGUGAAUGUCAUUGCAACUGGUGGAUAUUGUGAGGACAUGAUUCCUACAGUUGGAUUCAAUAUGAGGAAGUUGACUAAAGGAAAUGUUACAAUCAAAUUAUGGGAUCUCGGAGGCCAGCCUAGGUUUCGCAGUAUGUGGGAGAGAUAUUGCCGUGCAGUCUCUGCCAUUGUGUAUGUUGUCGAUGCAGCGGACCGUGAUAACUUGCCCACCUCAAGAAGUGAACUACACGAUCUUUUAAGCAAGCCAUCGCUCAGUGGAAUCCCGUUGCUGGUGGUUGGAAACAAAAUUGACAAGCCUGAAACUAUGUCGAAGCAGGGCUUUACAGAUGAAAUGGGCCUGAGAUCUAUCGCGGACAGAGAAGUCUGUUGCUUCAUGAUCUCAUGCAAGAACUCAACCAACAUCGACUCUGUCAUACAUUGGCUUGUGAAGCAUUCAAAGUCGACGAACUGAGCUCUGGGUAUCGUACUAUCUUGUAGCUUAUCUAGGUUGCUCGUGGUUUUUUAUGCUGAUAUCUCUCUUGGUUGGCUGAGCUUACGGCUUGUAUUAAUUGCCUGUUACCCAAAGGCUUAUUUAUAUUAUGUGCAACCGGUGGCUCGCACUGUUGCCAUUCAUGUCAUGUUAAAUUAUUGUUCUGAAUGAAAUAACCUUCGCACCUCGUCAAGGUAUAUUGAUGAUAUUGUAUUUGCGGUACAUUAGUGUGGAAAAAAUCUUCUUCAUUUA